UUCUCCUCCCACUACAACACACAAAAACGCACAAAAACAACAAUACAACUAGCAUAUAUACUUUAGAUUAGAUAGGGAGAGAGAAAGAAGGGAGAAGAGGAGAGAGAAAUUAGAGAGAGUCUUUGGUUUUCUGUUGCAAUUGUUUAUCUUGAUAUGGGUUGUGCUAUGUUUGUUCAUGUUUUCAUGGCCGAGUCUGACCCCAUCUUUUCAAAGAUUUGAUUUUUAUUUCUUUUUUACCUUGAGUUCUUGAAAAUAUUUUGCAACAUUUAAGUAAAAAGGGUUCUUAAAUUUCUGCACAUGCGAGAAAGAUUACAUGAAUAAGGAAUUUAAAGAGUCUUCCUUUUCUUAUUGGCUCCCUGAUCUUUCACUUCCCCAUAAACUGUCACUUCUCUGACCAGUUUUAAUCCUAUUCGUAUGACUUGUGCGAUUGUACCAAGUUAAAGUCCUUUUGAUCUGUGCUCAACCCCACCUGCCAGAUUUGAGCUUUUCUCAACUUUUGGUUCUUCCUUUGAUCUGGGAUUUUUGGCCGUUUAUCUUUUGGACUGGUUCUUUGAUGGGACGAGAUCAAGAAAUGCAGCAUUUUGGCUCUGCGGUUUGAGCUUUCUGAUUGUUCAUUGACCUUGCUCUGAUUGUUGGGUAUUUUUGGUUUUGGUUUUUGGAAUUGUCGAAUUAGUCGAAUUCACUUAUUCACAUACUCCAUGGAAGAUCAGGAAUCGAGGUUCGUGUGCAAAUGGUGUAAUAAGAAGUACCCUUGUGGGAAAUCACUAGGAGGGCACAUGAGGUCUCAUAUCAUGGCAAUUUCAGCUGAAUCAGAGAUAAAGGAUGAGCCCAACAUGAAAAAGUUGCUGUCUUUGAAUGGCGGUGAAAAGAGUUUCGAUAGAGAGCCAAAGGUUGUUGAACUUGGAGGAGGGGGGCAUGCUGGUUCUGGUUAUGGACUUAGGGAGAAUCCAAAGAAAACAUUCAAGGCUGUUGAUGCUAACUUCCCUUUGCCUCAAGAGAAGGUCUGCAAGCAAUGUGGUAAAGGGUUUCAAUCUUUGAAAGCAUUAUGUGGACACAUGGCUUGUCACUCUGAUAAAGACAGGGGGGGUUUGAAAGAUGAUCAUUCAUGGACAAGUGAGAAUCAGAAGCUAGUGAUGGAUAGUCAUUCAGAUACUGAAGCUGAGGAGAGACAGCUGAGGAAUAGAUCGAAGAAUAAGAGGUACAAAAGAAUAAUUAUUAAGUCGUCUUCUUUUUCCUUGGCUAAUGGUUCAUCUUCUGUUUCUGAGAUUGAUGAGCAAGAACAAGAGGAAGUAGCUAUGUGUUUGAUGAUGUUGUCUAGGGAUUCUGGUAAUUGGGGUGGGGUGAAUUCAGUUGUAGAGUCUUCUGACAACAAUUCAGUUGUUUUGGAAACUAAAUCGUCUUCAAUUGAUAUGAGAAUUGGUAGAAUGGAAGGUUUGAAGUUUGUGCACAGUCCAGAGGAUGACACUCCUCAAACAAAGCCCAGGAGCUUAAAAAAAUCUAGCGGUUUGGAUGCUGAGCUUGUUUUUGAGCAGGAGAACUCUGAUUCUGGUUACUUUUUAGAGGAAGUUGUGAAGCUUGAAUCAGAUGCUUCUGUCGAUGGAUUUCACAGGAAGUGUGGUUUCUUCAAAAGCAGUAAGCCUAAAGCGAGUGUAGGAGCUAGGUGCGAGGAGACUCUUGCUGAAAUUAAAAGGGGCUUUAGCAAAAUAAAGAGUUAUAAAGCAGAACUAAGGAAGGAAAUGAGCAGGGAAAACGAACAUGAUUCUGGAGUAAUUUCAAAGAUGGGGAAGUACGAAGCAAGAAACAAAAGCAAGGAUAGUUCAGAUAAUCUUGAACUUGUGAAUGAAUCCCAUAGGAAGGCGAGACAUGGUUCUUCAGAUGCCGACCAAUCCAAAAAUGCGUACAAGCGGAGCAAAUAUGAGUGCUUAAACUGUAAGAAGACUUUCAAAUCAUAUCAGGCCCUUGGGGGACAUCGACCCUGCCACAAAAGAUGUAAUGCCUACCUCGAGUCAAGAUAUGAAACUGGUGAGAACAGCUUAGAUGGUGACGAUACUCCAAAUGAUAUACCAAGUACAAAGCUCAGAGAAUCUUCCAGCAAUAGGAAUGCAAGUGCUAAAAAUUUAUAUCACAAUGCUGAGAAAAAAGUUAAAUCCAAGAAAACCAAAGGGCUUGAGUGCCCCUUCUGUCACAGAAUUUUUAAAAAUGGCCAAGCUCUGGGUGGCCACAAGAGGUCACAUUUUAUUGGUGGUGGUAGUGCAGUUGUGGAACGUAGUACUCAAACACCAACAUUCAAGACAGAUGGCCCUGAAUUACUUGAUCUUAAUCUUCCUGCUCCGCUAGAGGAUGAGAAUGAUGGCCAGUUCAUAUCCUGGUAGGUUGGUAGUAUAUGAAAGCAUCGCCUGCAGGUGGACUGAUCUCUAAAACCAGAGGUUUACUUGCUUUGCCCUGGGGACGUUUAGGAGUGUACAGACAGGUUGGUGGAUACAAUUUUUUAUUAUGCUCUUUUCCUGAUAUCAAGGAAGUCUUAUAGGUUGCAGUGGCCUUUGUCCUCAUCAACUAGAAGAAGCCACCAGUGUUCGCAUUUCAUUCGAUUUUUUGCAGGUUCCAAAAGUACGCAGCUAUUUUUUUUCCCCAUUCCAGAUUAGUCUAUUCUUUUGUCUGGUUCGAGCAUUUUCUUUUCACCAACAUUUUCUAUCAGUAAUUUUUGGAUAGACCUUUUUUUUUUGGGCUAUAAGAUUCAAUUGACUGAUAUCAUGUGGUCAUUUUAGUUCAUCCGUCUGAAGAUGCAGGUUAAGUUCUGGCUUGAUUCCUUCAGGUGUCCAAACUUAUUUGGAGAAAAUCAGAACGGCUUGUUCAUCUUAAACUUUAGCCUCUAUCUGGUUUUGAAAUCAUAUCAAGUUCAUUGCUUGCUUGAUAUAGAUUCACAAUUUCACAUCCAUGGUGCCUACCUGAAAUGGAAUAAGACAGAUG